CGGCCAUCUAUCUCUUCACAUCGUCUAUGGGGAAAUAUUGCGAAAUCGGACACAGAUGUGCCUGCUGCUGCCAGUUCGCGGCUUCCACAGAGCGUGUGUGCAUAUUGAAGUGACAUGGCUACGAGUAUUUCCGAGGAAAUCGAGGAAAUCGAUCGCAAGCAAAACACCGAGGUGACAAAUACCGGCGAGUUUCCGCCUGAAUAUCUGAUCAAGCAUCCGCUGCAAAACACCUGGACCCUGUGGUACUAUGAGCCCGAUAAGAAUAAAUCGUGGGAGGAGAGCCAACGGGAGAUAACUAGUUUCGAUACGGCCGAGGAUUUCUGGAGCUUGUACAACCACAUAAAGACAGCCUCCGAGCUGAGACAGGGCUGCGACUAUAGCAUGUUCAAGCAGGGAAUCCGGCCUAUGUGGGAAGACGAUCAGAACAAAUGCGGCGGGCGAUGGCUAAUAAAUCUAGAUAAGAGGCAAAGAACUACAGAUCUAGACAAUUUUUGGUUAGAAAUUUUGCUUUGUAUGAUUGGAGAAGCGUUCAACGAAUAUUCUGACGAUGUGUGCGGGGCUGUAGUGAACGUGAGGCCAAAGGGAGACAAACUUGGUAUUUGGACGUCAAAUGCGGAUAGCGCGGAUAGUGUUAUGGAAAUUGGUCGUAAACUGAAGGAAAGAUUAAGGAUCACGUCUAAAACGACUAUGGGAUAUCAAGUGCAUAAAGAUACUAUGAUCAAAGCUGGCAGUCAAACAAGAAAUACAUAUACACUUUAAAAAUAUCACUAAAUUUAUUGUCACCCUUAAGUUGUUCAUUAAGAUAUUAAUUUCUAAAAUUACUAGAUGAAUUAUUGAUAAAAUUAU